AAACUUGAGCAGAGAGUUGCGCUUCCAAGCAGGACGGGAGCUUUUCAAUCUGAGAUUUCAUCAGCAUUGAGCGGUGCACUUCCAAGUUCCUACUGUUGUUGUGGUGCACUUCCCGUUUUCAAGGUUGACAUCAGCAGUCUGAGCAAAUGUACUCCGCAUGCAUUCAAAGUAAGUGCCUGGUGCAACCGGCCGUGCUCCUAUAGAGCUGAUGGACCCAGGCCGACUGGAGCGAGCAUGCAAGGCUGCGCGUCUGCAGGCUCCUUGCAGUGAGGGGAUGGUACUUCUGCUUGUACAGCGUCUCUUACAGAACCAGAACGAUGCUGAGACAGCUUGGGCUGGAAUUGAAGCUGACGAUUAUGCUGAGCUUGUCAGAGAGUUGAAAGCGCACAGCCAUCAGACGCGCGGGCGGGACAACGUAGAAAAAGAAGAACGAAUCAGGGACGCCAUUGUGGAUGCGCAGCUGCUGUUUCCAGACGUUAACCUGCGGCCGGCCUUGGAGCAGAUUCUGCAACAGUACGAGUGGGACGGUUGGCCGUUUCUCAGCAACAACCAGCAUGCAGAGCUCAAGUGCGUGCUGGCAGGGAUGCAAGAAGGAGGCAGGCUAGAGCAGCCCUUUGCACCCACACCAACACGGGCCUCUGCAGCGGGCCCGAAGCAGACAGCAGCCGCUGGAGAGCGGAAGAAGAAGGCCACUCGGGGCAAGGUGGUCACAAGGAAGGUGGUGCAAGAGGAAGAGGGGACGCCCAAGCUGCGGGCGCUGCCCUUCAAGCCGUGGGUUUCAUGGCCGGCCGUGUACCACAGUAGUUGUGGGGCCUGGGAGACGCCUGACUCCGAGGAGGAACGUUCUAACUCACAAGAAACCCCGAAGGAGGAGACGGUGACAGCAGGGGAGGAGUCGGAGGAGGGGAGCAGCGAGAGUGACGUGAUAGUUGUAAAGAGGGGGAGAAAGAGGCAGAAAAAGAAAAAGUGGCCUAAGCGGGCGAAGGCAAAGGCAUCCGAAGUAGAGCCGGCUGAAACUCGAGUCGGGGCAAUUACCUCCGAACAAGCCGAGCAAGCAGCCAGCUUCCUGAGCCACUUCAACUGCGCCCCAACCCCAAAGUCCCCCAGUAAAAGGCACCCCGUCCGGCCAGGGAGAAAAGCACCGGCUGAGUUUGAGCCCCCUGGUUCGCCCCUAAAGCAGACAAGCAUCCUGAACUUUGUGUCCGUGCAAUCCCCCAAAGUUGCACCGGCAUUGGCAGCGGGGCGUCAAAAUGGUGGAGGGGGGUCUCUAGAACAGACGACGGAAAGCCUGGGCAUAGUAAGGGGGCUGGACGAAACCUUUGCGGGGCCGACGCGGCCGACAAGCGGGAAGAGGAUGGUUAUAGACACUUCGUCAGACGAGUCUGACGUGGCAGAGCCCAGCCGACAGCAGAAACGUGAGGCAGCGAGCGGAAAGCCCUGUUUAGGCGGGGCACGAAGUGGUGCAGAAGGGCCGUCUGAAGCGGGAGGCGCAUCACGGGUACCACAGCAGCCAGGGUUUGGGACGGCAGUCGAUGGGGGAAAGAGCACACCAACACCGGGAUGGGACGAUCGCGGGGUUGGGAGCAAGGGAGGUGUGAGGGGCCGUGCUUCGAAGCGGCAAGCGGUUGUCUUUUGGGAGGAGCAGUCAAGACGAGAGACGCAGGGGGAGGGGCGCCGGCAAGAGGGCAGGAAAGGAGGGGAGGCCUGCAGAAGGGAGGGGAACAAGGCUGGAGACAAAACCAGCAACGGGCCAUCCGGGAAUGUUCGGAAAGCGGGUCUGCUGAGCCCUGACUAG